AUGUUUUCUGUUUUUCGUCGUCGUACUGCUUCAGCAUCACGUUCUGAUUCAAAUGUUAAAGAAAAUUCACCUAGUAAAAUAACUAAUGAACAUAAAAUAAAUAUAGAAAAUAAUGGUAUAAAACAUCGUACAUUAUCAGGUGUAUCAUUAACAUCAUCAUCAUCAUCAUCAUUAGUAACAUCACCAUUACUUAAUAUAACACGACAACAAGAAAAACAAGAAUUACAAACACUUAAUGAUCGUUUAGCUGUUAUUAUUGAUACUGUACGACGUCUUGAACAAGAUAAUGAAAAAUUACGAACAAUUGUUAAAACAAAUACUCAAUCAUUUGAAAUUGAAACAUCAAAAGUUAAAACUCUCUAUGAAAAUGAAUUAGAUGAUGCUAAAAAAUUAAUUGAAGAAUUAGCACAUGAAAAAUCUCGUCUUGAAAUUGAACUUGAAAAAUAUCGUUCUGAAAAUACGGAUUUACAAGCAAAAUUAUCUCGUAUUGAUCGUGAUGUACGUGGAACUGAAUCUCGUUUAAAACAAUAUGAAAAUGAAAUAGCUGAAUUAAAAACACGUUGUAAUUCUAUGAUAAUAGAAACAACACGUAAAAAUGAAGAGAAUGAAAUUUUUCAAAAUUUAAAUAAUGAUCUUGAAAAACAAAUAACAGCAUUAAAACGUCAACUUGAAUCUGAAACAUUAUUACGUAUUGAUCUUGAAAAUAAAAAUAAAACAUUACGUGAAGAAUUAGAAUUUAAUGAACAAGUACAUGUAACACAUAUACAACAAAUUAAAGAACAACAAUGUUAUGAUAUAAUUCAUAAUGAUGGUUUACGACAACAAUAUGAUGAUAAACUUUUACAAGAAUUACAACAAAUACGAACACAAAAUGAACAAGAAAUUAUUUUAUUAAGAGAAGAAAUUGCUUUACAAUAUGAAAAAAAGAUUGAAGAUUUAAAUACAACUAAUCGUCGUUAUAUUGAUCAAAUAAAUAAUUAUCGUACUGAUUUAAUAUCAUAUCGUGAACGUAUUGAAGAAACAAUUAAAACUCGUGAUAUAUGUAAUGAAAAAAUGUUACAAUUCGAACAACGUUGUCGUGAUUUAGAAGAUCGUACAUAUCGUACACAACAACAACAACAUGAAUCAUUAAUAGAACGUGAUGAAGAAAUUAAUAAUCUUAAAAUAAUUAUUGAACAAAUGCAAAAUGAUUAUCAAAAUUUACUUGAUACAAAAAUUGGUCUUGAUCGUGAAAUUUCAACAUAUAGAAAAUUACUUGAUUCAGAAGAACAACGAUUAAAUAUUGGUAGUCGAUUAGAACCUAUAACAAAUAUAAAUAGUAUUGGAACAUCAACAAUUAAUGAUGAAUCUGUAGCAAUAGUAACACCAAGUUCAACACGACAACGUAAUAAACGUGCACGUAUUGAAGUUGAUGAUGAUGAAAUGAUUCUUACAAAUGGUAAUGGACAUUAA